AUGGAUGAUCCGGGUGCUGGUUGUUCUUUGAGUUCAAACCCAUUGACUGAAGAACUUCCAUGUGACUCGAUCGAAGAACUGAUUGCUUUCAAUGAAGCGUAUAAAGAUGUAAUUGAAACUGCUAUUUUUGAAGUCAAUGAAAAACUACGGGAGAAUCGAGAAAGACAGGUAUCAAUUAAUUUUCUGCUGUUUUACAACCAAAUUGCAUUUCUUCAGUCUCAAGUUUUCAACAUUUUUCAUAUAAAUACCACCAGAAGGGCUCCGCCGGCUAACGCCGGCUUCUCCUUCUGGAUUGUCCCGGCUUCGCGCGUAGAUUUCUUUAGGCAUACUGUUUUUUUUUACCGGUUUGAUUCUUGAAAACCGUGCCCAUUGAAAAAAGGUGGAAUGGUGAUUUCUGGGACGUGCAAACUUGAACUGAAUCCCCCGCCGUACGUAUCAAUAAAAAUAACUUGCAGGUAUAGCUCAUUCUUAAAUCUGUAGCAGAAAAUGCUUUCCUUGAAAUCGUCUAAAAAUAAGACAAAGUUGUCAUUUGUGAAAAUUUAAAGGGGGGGGGGGGUAAGACGACAAAAUUUUAUUUGCUCAAUGAAUCGGGCUCCCUUUGAAUAGUAAAAGCCCCAGGGGAUUUUUUCUCGAAAGACCAAAAAAUGUCCGAAAAAAAUAUUCCAUGAACUUUUUUCAACGAAUAGCUGUCCGUUGUCCGAAAGUUGUCCGAAAGUUGUCCGAAAAAAAUCUCUUGGAGGUUUUACUACUUUUGGGGAGCCUUUAACUUUGCGACAAAAAAAUUUUGUCGUCUUACCCCCCCUUCAAAAAAUAUUUCUAUGAAGUUUUCAAAAUCAUUGGUUAGGAAUCAUUGUUUCAAGUUUUCAAUGUUUACUCCAAAAGUGGCCUAUUAAGUUCCUAGGUUUUUAGGGAAAUGUAGAUUCCAGAUUUUCGAAAUUCAGAAGUCGAGCUCGAAAAAAUUCUUCGAAAACUGCUCUUUUUCUUGAUGUCCUUUUUUCAGUUCCUCUCAAUUUUUUUCUAAUUUUUCUGUUUAGAGCUGACAUUUCUAAACAAAAAUACAGAAUCUAUAGAAUCCCUACAGAAAUCUUAUAGAAAAAAUUCGGAUCUGAACAGAAGUUUUUAGGGGGAAAAAGAUAUGUUAGGAAAAAGGUGGGUUUAAUUUUUUUUUGAAGCCUGAAAUCCUAAGCAAAAGUUGCAUUCAUAAAUAUGUCAGGUUCAGAUUUUGGAUGAGGCUUGGAUUUUAGAAAAAGUAAGAAAAUGAACAUCUAAUUUAUAGUUUUCAAAACAUCUUUUUCCGUCACACCUUUAAGACCUAACACGAUCUGAGGGGUGGGACUAAAAAUCAAUGGAACCAAUGCAAAAAUGAAAGAUUUAGAGAAAUGUUAUUGAAAAAUUUGAAGUCUAGCGAUUUGGGGUAGUGAAUUACAUACUGUGAAACCCCUGUUUUUCUGUACAAUCCUCUUUUCCAAUUCAAAUCCAAAUUUUCUACCACUCAAAAACUAAACCACAAUAUUUAGAGAAAAAUUUUCAAUAAUAUAUCCAGUGAGCUAAGAAAAGCAACAGCCAAUAGUUGUCCGAAAGUUUUCUAACAUGUUAUUUCUCCGGUGGUUCUUUCUGAGUAAGCUUCUAAGUUCCAUCCGAAAUUUUCAGAGCCGUGGAAGAUAAAACCAAAAUACAGUAAACUUCGACAUCCGAAGAUUAUUUUCAUUGAAAAGAGGAAAUGAUUGGUUUUCUCGGCCAUAUCGGUUCUCUUCCAAAGCUCACAAAUUUCGGAUUCACAAUAAUUGUUUGGUCUUAUCUAUAUUGGGAUUCCCAAACAUCAAAACUCACUAUGAAACAUUCAUAUCAACGUAUUUGUUUUUCUUCCUGUAAAAGAAAUUACUCAAUAUCUGCAAGUUCGAAAAAAAUUAGGAAUUUAUCCACAGUAAUCUAACUCACUUUUUUCCUAUUUAUUUUUCAAACCGAUUAGGAAUAGAGUAACAGCGAGAAAUGAUUAAAAAUGUCCCGCUUUGAAUGAAAUAUAAAGAUCAGAUAAGGACGUGACCUAGCCAUUUUUUCCGAUUAAAAACGUGUUCAUUCUUUUUUACACGGAAAAAGUUUUGAUUUUUCACGUGAAAACUUGCGCACUUUUAAAAUAUUUCGAAUAUCGUGCAUCAUCUACGAAGAAUUUGAAACAUGUUGGUCCAAGUCUCAUUCGAAAUGGCCUUCUAGAAAUUGAGUUACGGUCGGCUACACAUUUUUAUUUUCAAAAAUACAUUGAAUUUCAGGAGUUUUUUUCAGUUAAAAGUUUCCCCGCGCACUACAACAAAAAAUUUUCAAAUUUCAUAAUCUUCUGCAUCAUGCUGCAACUAUUUGGAAACUUUUCUUCUUUUAACCAAAACUUUUCAUGAAGUAGAAAAAAAGUUGGUCCAUCUGACAUACGCACCUUUUAAAAAGCAGUUUCCAAUUAGUAUAUAGUAGAUAAUUGUAAAAAUGAUCAUGGAAUGAUGAGCUUGCGUGAAAAUGCGAUUUGAGUGGGAAAUAAUUAAGAAAUGAUAAAAUUUUGUUGUAUAAAUACGUGUAUUAAUUUUCACUUUCCAGUAACUCAUUUUAUGCUUUUUUAGAGGAAUCUACGAGAAGAACAACGGCGAUUGCGUAGUGCCGACAUUUCGAAAAAGAAAAUUCCUGUAAAUCUGUAUAUGCCACCAUACUUUAAAGAUGAAAAAGGAAUGGUAUGUUGACCUUUUUUGAAAUCUAAAAAAAAUGUAUCACAAUAUUUAAAACAUUAUAUUUCUUUACAGUGUCCUCCAUUGAAUGCCGAAGCUAGAAAUAAAAUCGAUAGCAAAUGGUUUGAUCCACUGAUGAAAGAAGAAAAGAAAUGGACAUCGGCUGAAAUAAAGAUGCUUCGAACUGGAAUAAAAGAUGCUAUAAUUGCAAAUUCUCUUCAAUCAUUAAAUUCAAAAAGAGAUAUUUUGACAAACAAAUUGAAAACAACAAAUGCAAUGACAACACAAUGUGAAAGAUAUAAAUGGACAAUGGAAUUAGAAGAAGUUAUGAGAAAAAUUGAAUAUGCUAAAAAUCGAAAAGAAGAAGAAAUUCUACUUCCAACUGAAGAUUAUACAAAUAUUCCAUGGAAUGAAAUUGCGAAUGUCACUGUAAUUUUUCUAAUUUUCAUUUUUUGUGAAAAUGUUUGAAAUUUUCAGAUGAAAGGAACACGAACAGAAUGGGCAGUUCGAUCAAAAUGGUUGAAUGAAUUGAGUCCAAAAUGGAAUAAGAAUCAAUGGACACAAAAUGAAAUUGAUAAAUUAAGAGAUUUGCGAGAAAGUCCCAAAUUUGUUUCCUGGACAAUGUUAGCACUUCAAUUAGGAACAAAUCGACCAGCAUUUCAAUGUUUGGAAAAAUAUAAAUCUGAAUGUUCCACAAAUACAAGGUAAGCAGUUUUGAGUUUUAAAAAAAUCUCAUUUCGGUGAUUAUUUUCAUUCAUUUUGUUUCUGAACUUUUUCAUCCGAUAAAUUCUGAUUUUUCAGAGAAUGGACAAAUGAAGAAGACCAAAAACUUAUUACUCUUACAAAAUUGAUGACUGUAAAUGGAAAUAUUCAAUGGGAAAAAGUUGCACAAUUUAUGCCGGGUCGAAGUAGAAUUCAAGUUCGAGUUAGAUUCACUCAUAGUUUAGAUGCUAAUAUAAAACAUGGAAGAUGGACAGAUCAAGAGGAUAUGGUAAGUAAUUUUGGUUUGUUAAAUUAAAUUUGUGAAAAAUCAUUAGUUUUUCUAGCUUUUAAUCAGUGCUGUUAGUCGAAUUGGAGCAAAAGAUUGGGCAAAAGUUGCAUCAGCUGUUCCUGGUCGAAAUGAUUCGCAAUGUAGAGAAAGAUGGGCAAAUGUACUCAAUAAACCUGUAAAUGUUUGUGAACGAUUCACUUUAGCUGAAGAUGAACAAUUAUUGUAUGCUGUAAAAUUAUUUGGAAAAGGAAAUUGGGCUAAAUGUUCAACACUUUUAUCACAAAAAACACCGAGACAACUAAGAAAACGUUAUAUCCAAUUAGUAGCUGCUAAACUUAAAGUAAGUUAAUUAAUUGUAGUUUCACUAAUAUCUUUAUUUUAGAUGGUUGCUGGUGUUUGUAAUGCUGUUGAAGCAAUGGAAUCAGCACGUCGAAAUGAUGAAGAAGUUCAAAAAGAACAGAAGCCCGUAAUUGCCAAUAAAGUUUUAUCAAAGGCAUUCGAGAAUUUGGCGGAAAUGGACGAAUUUGCUUAUGAAACACCUGAGGAAAUGUUGGAACGUGUUGGAGCACCAAGUGUAUCUGCUAGAUAUCAAAAAUUCCGAGAAUCACCAAAUUGGCCAAUUAUUGAAAAGAAUUUGCAAGAAAUUUGUCAAAAAAACACAAAUGGACAAGAUAUUGAAUUACGAUCGAAUGAAGUGCUCAAGAAUUUGAAUAUAACUGAUGUUGAUGUUCGUUAUAUGGUUCAACAAAAUCGAGUUUAUCAAAAACAAAAAGCUGCAAUAAAUUGGAGAUCUCGAAUGGAAUAUGGUGGAGGAAGAGUUCGACCGAUUGCUGGUUUCAAAAACUAUAAUAAUAUUGUUACACAUUUUGGUGCUGAUGUUCCCGAAUCCGAAAAACAAAUGAGUUUGAUUGAAGCAUUGUGUAUGACUGUUCGAAAACAUGAUUUCACUGUGUGGGGCAAAAAGUUUUGGACCAGUUUUCAAUACGGCGCCAAUAAAAAUGUUGCUGUUUACAUCGAUUCGGUAAGUUAUUGAUACUCGAAAAUUUAUAUUGAUUAUUGUUUAAAAUAUUCAGAUGUUGAAUGAGAAAUGUCUGGAAGUCGCAAAUCAUACAAAACAACAACUUGGCUCAAUUCUUCCAAUAAAAACAACUUUGGCUCCAAAUACAACAACAAUGCGAUUAUUGGAAACUAUUAAAAGAGCGAAAUAUGGAUUGAAUUAUGUUGCUGCCGAAUAUUUUUAUCCGAUUGAAAUUGGAAUUGAAGAACAGAAAGAUUAUGUUGAAAAUAAUGAACGGAAGAAUGUAAAUGAAGAAACUCGAUUGAAUAUUGGAUUGUCAGAGGAAAUUAAAAGUUCAGCACAAUAUAAUAUUUUUGCGGUUAGUUCAUUUUUUGGCGGAAAACUUCCAAUUUUUUAUUAAAAUAUUUAUAAUUUGGAGUAAUUCAGGCUCGAAUGCGUGCUCUUCUUUUGGAACCAUAUCGAAUGAAAAUAGCAAUUGAAUCAGUUGAAAAAGAAGAGGAAAGAUAUCAAAAUGAUGUUUUGGUUGAACAAAGAUUGACUGAUGAAGAAUCUGUUAUUGAAGGAAAUUUGGAAGUUCCGGAAAAACCAAUUUAUCAAUGUUGUGAGAAAACAAAUGUAUUCAAAGAACAUGGAUUUGCAAUUGAAAUUUCGGGUUUGGUGAGCAAAAAUGAUAAACAUCUUAUGGGAAAGAAAAGAAUAGCUGAUUCAAUGAAUGAGGUGAUUUUGUUGAUUUGUUUUUUCUUAAAUAUUAAACUUUUUUCAAGAUUUAUGAUUCUGUUUUCAAACGAUGCCGUGAAGAGACUUCUGAACAAUUAUAUAAUAAAUUGAAAAAUAUCACUGUACAAAAUGAUGAAGAUGAAGAAGAAAUUGAUGAAUAUGGAAAUGGAGAGAUAAAUCAGCAAAGAGAAAGAUUCGAAGAAAUGAUGGAAGUUAGAGAAGAAGAAGAAGAAAAUGAUGAUGAUGAUGAUCAGGGACAAGUAUUGAAUGUUGUUUAUUCUUUAAUGAAUGCUGUUCACCAAAACAAUCAAUUUUAUGAGGAAUUAUAG